ACAAACACGCAGCCAAAGAGCGGAGAAGAUGCUUUUCCGCUUUCCUUCAGCUGUUCUGCGAUUACGCUCAUCUCUCUUCUCUCAAAGCCGCACAAGCUACACGUGGCGGCUUCACAGACGGAACUUGAGGUGACUGGACCGCUCCUGUACGGAGGAGCCAGUGGCACGUGGGGAGCGAGCGCCUGCAAAAAGCCAACGUCGCUCAACUGUGGACCACUUCGUGUCGGUAUGGGUGCGCUGAAUAAAGGACGCCACCUUUAUACUGCCGCUCUUCUACUUUGUGUUUAUUGCACGGCUUUUGUCAUCUCCAAAGGUGGUACAGGGGAUGCACAGCCAGGCACCCAACCUGCAGUGCAGAGCACCCUGCCGCACUUCAUUCAGGAGCCAGAGGACGCCUACAUAAUCAAGAGCAAUCCCAUUAAACUCUGCUGUCGAGCCACACCUGCCUUGCAGAUCUUCUUUAAAUGCAACGGAGAAUGGGUUCACCAGAAUGAGCACUUCUCCCAUGAGUAUAAAGACUUCAACACUGGACUCAAAGUGCGGGAGGUGAUGAUCAAUGUGUCCCGGCAGCAGGUAGAGGAUUUCCAUGGCCCAGAGGACUUCUGGUGUCUGUGUGUGGCGUGGAGUCACCUCGGUACCUCCAAGAGUCGCAAGGCUACCGUUCGCAUUGCCUACUUGAGAAAAAACUUUGAGCAGGACCCCCAGGGGAAGGAAGUGCCAAUCAAUGGGAUGAUCGUUCUGCACUGUCGCCCUCCAGAGGGAGUGCCUGUGGCAGAGGUGGAAUGGCUGAGGAAUGAAGAGGUGGUCAAUUCCCAAACUGACGACAACAUCGACACAAGGGCAGACCACAACCUCAUCAUUAAUGAGGCUCGUCUUUCGGACUCGGGAAACUACACUUGCAUGGCCAGCAACAUUGUGGCGAAGAGACGCAGUGCUACAGCCACUGUGACAGUUUUUGUUAAUGGUGGGUGGUCCCUGUGGACAGAGUGGUCACUUUGUAAUGUGCCAUGUGGGCGAGGUAUGCAGAAGAGAUCGCGUACCUGUACGAACCCAGCACCGCUGAAUGGUGGAGCCUUCUGUGAGGGAAUGUCUGUGCAGAAGAUGUCAUGCAACGCCCCAUGUCCAAUCGAUGGAGGCUGGGAUGAAUGGAGUGAAUGGACCAUAUGCAGCAGCCAGUGUGAAAGACAGAGAAGUCGAGAGUGCAACUCCCCAGCACCCAAACACAGAGGCAAGAUCUGUGAAGGGAACUCAGAGGCCACUGAGAACUGCACAGAUGGACAAUGUACCCAGAAUCGAAAGCUGCUACAUGACGUUAAACCUCAAAGUGUGGACAGUUCCAAUGACGUGGCUCUGUACUCUGGCUUGGGAGCUGGUAUUAUUGCCGUGGGCAUUCUGGUCGUGGCUAUUAUGCUGUACAGGAAGAACCAGAGCGAGUAUGGUGUAGAUGUCAUUGAUUCCACUGCACUUGCCGGAGGGUUUCAGUCUUUUAACUUCAAGACCACCAGACAAGGAAACCCCUUGCUUCUCAACUCCUCUAUUCCACCAGACUUAACUGUGGGGCGCAACUACAGCACCUCUCUGUGCUUCCAGGACGGUGCAGACAAAGAGCUAUUUGACCCUUUGCCAGACAUCAAAGUGAAAGUACAGAGCUCAUUCAUGGUCUAUGGUGUAGCAGAGCAACCCGAGUUCCUUGCCAAAGGCCCUGUUGAGACAUUCCCACGGGAAUACUUCAGCUCAAUCGACAGACGCAAUAAAGGUCUACUCACCUAUAAUGGGCCUUUGAGCAUCAGUAAAGAUCAGCUGAGGACCACUGGUGUGUUUGGUCUGCCUGGAGGACGGCUGGUCCUGCCGAACACUGGGGUCAGCUUGCUGGUGCCUCAUGGAGCUAUGUCUGAAAAUAUGUCCUGGGAGAUGUUUUUGGUGAUCAGUCUGGGUGAGACAAGUGUCAAUACUCUGGAAAGCUGUGAAAUCCUCCUGAGCCCCGAGGUGAUGUAUGGUCCUCCUGGUCUGGACCUAUCUUGCCCCGUGGCCAUGACUUUGGCGCACAAUGCUGAGGUGGACUCUGAGAACUGGAACAUUCAGCUCAAGAGAAGGACCCAGGGGAGUAAAUGGGAGGAGGUGAUGUUGGUGGAGGAUGAGUCUACGUCAUGUUACUGCCUCAUGGACUCAACAAGCUGCCACCUGCUGCUCGACCAGCCAGGUUCCUAUGCCCUAGUGGGCGAGCCCCUGACACAGGCUGCUGCCAAGAGGCUGAAGUUGGCUGUGUUUGGGAACAUGGAAGGCACUUCUCUGAACUACAGCUUGCGGGUGUACUGUGUGGAUGAUACACCGCAUGCCUUUCAGGGGGUGGUGGCAGCAGAGAAGAGUAGAGGGGGCCAGCUACUUGAGGAGCCAAAGAUGCUGCCUUUUCGAGCGAACACCUUCAGCCUACAGGUGUCUAUCCAGGACGUCCCACAGUUCCUGUGGAGCAUCAAGCCCUUUACCACCUGUCAGGAAUUCUCCUUCCCCCAAGUGUGGUGCAGCAACCACCAGCCUCUGCACUGUGCCUUCUCUCUAGAGAGAUACAGCCCAGCCACCACCCAACUCUCCUGCAAAAUCAGCGUGCGCCAGGUCAAAGGCCAUGAACAGAUUCUGCAGGUUUACACAGCGGUUGGCAAGACCGAAAAGGAAUUGGUUCCAAUUUUCAUGCAGACAGACUGCACCAUCACCUCUCAGACAGGGCCCAAGGCUUUCAAAAUCCCCUUAUCCAUCCGCCAGAGGAUUUGUGCCACCUUUGACACUGCCAACGCCAAGGGCAAGGACUGGCAACUCUUAGCCCACAAACUCCACUUAAAUCGAAACCUUGGUUAUUUUGCAAAGCAGCAGAGUCCCUCAGCCGUCAUACUGUGCUUAUGGGAGGCUCGCCACCAAGACACGGCUGACCUUGACUCUCUUGCCUGUGCUCUCGAGGAAAUUGGCAAGAUUCACCUCAAAGGUUCCCGCAAGGAUCAGGAUGAGCAGGAGACGGACUUGAAUCAAAUACAGGAGAGCAGUCUGAGAUGAAUGUGCACAUUUGCAAAUCAUCAGUUACAAGGUUCAGCAGGCUGAGGUUGGAUGCCCACUGUCGAAAUAAAUCUGUGAUCCACCACCCAAGUCACCACCAAGACCUCACUCCAUCAACUGCACCCCUUCACUGCUUGCACUGCUUUGUGCAAACGAGCGUUCCGCUGUUAUGAAUAUCAAGAUGCUAUGACUACAGAGGCCAAUAUAUUGUAUUAGAUGAGAUGAUGUUAUAUGGUGAUAUUCUUUUGGCUACUUUGAACAAGAAUGAUCAAUAAGGUUUGUCAUAGUGUGAACUUCAACGAAUUGCCUUGUGUCCGAAUGAUGUGAUUGACUUUACUGGGCGAAUAUAGUGUACAAAAUUUUCUUUUGCCACUAUCUGUAUUUCUAACCAAAAUAAAUAACUAUUGUGUGAAUUAUUUGAUUAAUCUCUAACAGUAACUGAUGAUCUAUUUAUUUACCACAACUAAAAAAUGCCAAAACAAAAUGUUUAACAGUGGCUUAUGUUGCACUGACAUCAUCCUGGCUGCGUUAGUCAGCAUUCACUUUAAUUUUAGAUUUGUGUCAGAUAUCUCAACUGUGCCUCUGUGGUUGAUUAAAAACAAUGUCAGACAUGCACUUACACUGUCCUCACUAUGUACUUUAUAAUGCUUUGGUUACACUGGCAAGUAUUAACCCUGUUUCAGGUGAAAAGGUCUGAGGUUGUGUAAAUGAUUCCUUUUAACAUGAGUUAGUCCUUCUCAUGCUCUUUUUUCUUUUUUCUUUGUUUUAUUUUCUUUAUUUUCCGGGGGGCUGCACGCAUGGCCUUUGGCAUCAAAUCACUGUUCUCGUGCCUUGUUUAACUACUAUAAAUGGUGGGUGUUGUAAAGAACCGAUGGGAAUGAAAAAAACAAAUCACACUGAUAAACAUUAGGCAAAACGUAUUUAAAUUAUAUUACCGAAUAGGCUACAGAGCUUUUCUAGUGCUGAACAUCCUGGGUUUGGUAAUAUCAGGACAGCUUUAUGGUAUAUUGGAUCUAUAAAUAUGGACAUUUUGGAUGUUUUCUGUACAGUAGAAUUUGCAAAUGUAUAC